AUGUACCUACUGCUUCUGAUUCUUGUCCUUAUCAACAUCAUCUAUUCGGCUCCUCAACGGGGUUGUUUCGGCCGAGGUGGCUGGAAUAGACCAGGAAGAGGAUAUGGACCAGGUGGAGGCAACAUCUGGGGAGGAACAGGGCCUCAGCUACCAAAUCGAGGAAGUUGGAAAAGAGGACAAAGGCCGGGUAGAGGUGGCUAUUGGGGAAGACAGCGAGGACUAAUUUCACUAAAUGAGGGCAUGGGAGCUGGGCCAAGGCCAGGUGGAGGCGGCUUUUGGGUCGGACAAAGAGGACCAGGUCCUCAGUUACCAAAUCAAGGAGACAUGAGAGAUGGAUCAAGGCCAGGUAGAGGCGAUCCUUGGGGAGGACAAGGAGUACCAGAUCCUCAGCUACCAAAUCAAGGAGGCAUGGGGGGUGGACCAAGGCCAGAUGGAGGCGGCCCUUGGGAGGGACAAGGAGUACCAGGACCUCAGCUACCAAAUCAAGGAGGAUGGGGUGGACCAGGAGGAAGACCAAGAGGAAGACCAGGAAGAUGGUUUUAA